ACAGCUACGAAAAAUACAGAUUUAAACUCUCUAGGUAGAAAGUGGGGUCUACAGCUUAUCAUGAGAUACUCUACCUCAGGCGAGCAAUAGCUUGAGACUUCCUUAGAUAUCGUGCACCAGCUGUUAUUUACAAAAAUACAUAGUCCGCCGCCCCUUGCCUUAACAGACGCCACUGUUCUAUCCUGAUGGUACAGCGUAUAACCAGCCAGCUGUAUGUUGAUAGUGUCAUCGUUCAGCCACGACUCCAUGAAGCAUAAGAUAUUACAGUUUUGAAUGUCCAGUUGGUAGUUUAAUCUUGCAUGUAAGGUCAUCGAUUUCAUUCUCCAAAGAUUGCACGUUUGCUUGCAGAAUGGAAUAGAACAUCACUGCAACAACUGUUUCAGAGCACUCUCGUCCGAGUGUGCAAGAACGCAGAAUAACUGAUGAAUUUACCAACACUCAACACCGGUUGAAUAUGGCUGUGUCAGUAAACGUAAUUAAAGCGUAAUUCAAUUGUUGUGGACCACAGUUACAUUUACAUUUACAUUUAAGUCAUUUAGCAGACGCUCUUAUCCAGAGCGACUGAAAACAGAAUAACCAGCUCUGCUAGGGUGAGUAAAAUGGUCAGAGUUUGGGUGGGGUUUCAAGCUCAAGAUGAUUCUUAUGGCAUUGCACAUGGUCAGUGUGAACCAGAGUGACUUGAUGCUAGGCAUGCUGUACAAACAAAAUUGAAACGACACAGGACGUCUUGUUUAAUGAAAGGGGUUGCAGUCUGCCAUGAAACAUUCAUCCAUGUAUACGGCAUGAGUAGAACAAGCCUGACUCUCCUCCUCCACCAGUCAUACAAGGAGAAUGGUCUAAUGCCUCCCAUCAAAACGAGAGCUGGUCCAAACAAGCACAGGUUACACCUGAAGCAUGAGGACUUGCAGAGAGUUGUGAACAUCAACAACUACGCAGAGGAUAAUGCAAUAGGAUUACCAGGACGCCACCCAGGACACAAACACUUUGGAGGAAAGCUGCUGCCAUCCCAUGUGACAAAAGCAGGAGUGUGGCUUCUCUACAACACAUUUUAAUUAUUUAAUUGACCUCCAACAUGAUUGGCACUACUUUUAUUGAUCUCACAUUAUUUCUGUAUUUUCCAGAGGUACGUGUAGUCGGGCUGUGUGUUAGCAUUUUAAUAAUCCAGUUUCCAAGAUGAUGCUUCUGUAUGCAGUGCUGCACAUUUGUAAGUGCACUAUCCUUCUGAUCCUAUGCAGCCAGGUCCCAUCUACUUUUUAAUUCCUCGCAAGUGCGGCUUGUUUGAUGUCUGCUGUGAAGGUAUACCACAAGUCAACUACUUGAUUGAUGAAGGCAUGUCAUCCAGCAAAGGCAGCAGCGCAGUCAUCAACUACAUGCACCAUUUCUUCUCCAACUACGGAGUUUGGGAAACACGUGUGGACCUGAAUUGUGAUAACUGCAGUGGCCAAAACAAGAACAAUUUUGUGCUCUGGUAUUGUGCCUGGCGGACCAUGCUCAAGCUCCACCACAGUCUGGACCUUCACUUCCUGAUUACAGGCCAAACCAAGUUUGCCCCUGACUGGUGCCUAGGCCUCAUCAAGCAGCGCUUCAGAAAUACCAGAGUGAACACUUUGUCUGAGAUUGCUGGUGUUGUGAAGGACAGCACAGUGACAGGGGGAAACAUACAGCUGGUUGGACUGGAGGAUGGUACGGUGCUGGUGGAAAGCUACGGCUGGCGACAACACCUGACUCCGUACUUCAGGCCGCUGCCAAAGUUAAAGCAAUACCAGCACUUCGGCUUCGAUGCUCUGAGCCUGGUGUUGUGUUCGGACUCAGUAGGGAUCAGGUAUCAGCUGCUGCGCAACGCUGACAUCCUUCCUCCCAUUGAUGGUCUGCCUGUACAAGCACCACCUGGACUGGACACAUCUAGACAAACAUAUAUUUUUUAGAAUAUCAAGGAGCUUUGAGAUGAAGAGGGUAUGGACAUCAUAUGCCCUGCACCAAAGUCAAGGGCAGGACAGAAACAGGCUCUCCGAAUAUAGAUUCCCUUGAUCGUGCGUGGUUCGGACAGACCAGUCAUCAGCACUUUCUGCAGUGCCUCAAUUCAAAUGACUCUCUCCUAACACACACGCCAUACGUUGCUUAUCAGUCACUUUACCCCUGAUUGUAUGCAUAUAACUACCUCAUCUAUCACUGACAUUUUUAUUGAUGUUGUUCUUGUACAUACUGUAUAUUAUUUUAUUUAUAUUGACACAAUCUAUUUCCGAUAUUGCUACUAUGCAAGUAACCAUUUGGCCCUACCAUUUAUACUUACUGUAGAGACCCAUCCACUUAGCAAGUUGUGGCUGGGGGUUAUAGCAUUUCUUUCACAUGACCCAUCAAUUUAGACAAGUGUGUCUGGGUAAGCGUCAUCUAAUAUUUAUAACAUAUUUUUAUCUGGGCACUUUGUUUACCUGGAAUUUUUCUUUUUUGUAUGCUACUACUUUUAGUAGCCAACAAAUAAAAACAUUGCAGCCCACAGGUAGAAAAUAUCCUGAUGAAAAUAAAUAUCCUAUAAAUCACA